AGUGCAAGUCUGCAAGAUGGCCACUGGAGGAGAUCAUAUUCAGCCAGUGAUUUUAGGUAUUAAAGAUCUAAAUGAUGUUAUCAGUAAAUUGGAGAAGAAUGAUUUUUCAGAGGACAGAUGGAAUGAGCUAGGUCUUAAGCUACACAUCAGUCAGCCAAAGCUCAAUUCAGUUAAAGCUGAUAAUCCUCUUGAUGUGAAAGCAUGUCUUAGAGGGUGUCUAGUUCUUUGGCUCCAGCAGAGUUAUGAUAUUUAUAAGUAUGGUCUACCCACAUUGGAGCUAUUAGCAACUGCUAUUGAAGAGAUGGAAUUGAGAGCUGUAGCUGCAGGAAUCAAUCAGGGAAGCACUCAGUCACAAAUACAAUCACCAAAAGAAAUUAAGCACAUCAUUGAAGAAUAUUCUUCAAAUUAUAUUAAAAAAUUGAAUGGAGAUUUUGCACUAUUUAAGGCCCGUUUCCUUGGUCGACUUUCAAAGCAUGUGAAAAAUGGUGUGAUAGAGCUUAUUGAAAUGGCACGAUUUGUUGGAGAGAUAACAAAGGUUGAAGGUCUAGCAAGUGCAGCUUCUGUUGAUGAUUUGUUUGAUUCAAUUAAAGAUCACUACUCUUAUCUCAAUUGUGAACACAUAGAAACCAUUGUUACUUAUUUUCUAACUGAUAAGGACCAGGACUUAAAGGACAAAAUGGAAGCAUAUAAAAGAGAUCUUGACAAUUUUGAAAAAACCAUAAAGCUAAAACAACUUGAAAAGGCUUUAAAUAGCGUGCGUUCAACACAUUCUCAUUCAUCUUGUAAAGUUAUCAUCAAAUUAGUAGGCGAAUGGGAAAAUAAAACUCUUGCUACACUUAAAGAUUUUUUGGUACAUUACUUUAAAAAAGAUUCUCUUUUCAAUCUGAGCAGAGUCGAAGGUGGAUGCUUAAGUGUGACAUUCCUAGUACCUCUUUCUUUUUCUCAGUAUCUUAUUGAUACUGCAACUCCACAACUUAAGUCCAUGUCUCGUGUUGGUGUACUUCAACUG